UAAUGUGCUACUUCGUUCAUAGCUGCUCAAGACGUCGUCAGUUGGUUACAUCUCGGUUGAUAUCUUAACAGUGGUUAGCUCAUGAGUAGAUAAUUUCCAGUUCGGAGGAGGUAGACGUUGUCAGGGAACGAUUAUGACAAAAAUAAGUCAUCAGUACCUUUAUUUUUGAUCACUACUAUGUUGCAUAUGUCAUACUUUGGCAAUCCACUGUUGUAGAGUAAAAAGAAGUUAUUUUCUAAAAUAAGAUGUCUGUUGAGAAUAAAGGUAUUUGUAACGCGGAUAUGCCUGUGCAUGACACAGGGACAGGUAAUGUUCUUUCAAGAAGAUUAAAUAAGAUUUUGGAGACAAGAAUUGAAAAUGAUAAGGAAACCUUGGAAGCGCUAAAGGAGCUUUCGACGUUUUUUACUGAAAACACCUUACAAGCACGAAGAAAUUUAAGAAGUAAAAUAGAAAAGCGAAGUCUUGUUAUAAACGAGGAUUUCCUGUCAGCUUUCCGUGAUGUGAAAGAAGUGCUAGAUGCCAUCUAUAGUGAUGUUUCUGAAAUGAAUAAUUCAGUUCAGAAAAUGAUAAGCCGUCUUCAGGCAACAAAAACUCAGACACACCAUCUUAUUGAUCAGACAACAAAACUUCAAGCAGAAAGCCAGACAUUAAGUCUACAGAAAGAGGUAGCAGGUGCAUUCCUUAGAAGUUUUCAGCUUUCUCCUGCAGAACAGGCCGUAUUGCGUGGUUCCUCACGUGAAUGUGCGAUCACGGAUGAGUUCUUCACAGUUUUAGAUAGAGUUCAAAGUAUUCAUAGUAAUGGUCGAAUGUUAAUGCAGUCUGGCCACCAGACAGCUGCACUUGAAAUCAUGGAGCAAAUGGCUCUUUAUCAGGAAGCUGCUUUAGAAAGAUUGUAUCGUUGGACUCAGAGCCGUUGUCGGAACAUAGAAUCACCAGAGACAAGUAUUCUUCUUAGUAUGGCCAUGUCACGACUGCAGGGCAGACCUGUUUUGUUCAGGUAUGUGUUGGAUGAAUACCGAACAUCCCGGCGAUCAGUUUUGGUGACAGCAUUUAUUGAUGCUCUAACACAAGGUGGUCCAGGAGGCACCCCAAAACCCAUUGAAAUGCAUGGUCAUGAUCCAAAGCGCUAUGUGGGUGACAUGUUGGCAUGGCUCCACCAGGCUAUCCCUAGUGAAAAGGACAACCUGCUCAUCUUACUGAAGGGCUGUGAUAAGACAGAUGUCUCAGACCAAAUUCUACAAACAUUGUCUCACAUUACUGAAGGAGUUUGUCAUCCGCUGAAAGUUCGAGUGGAACGCAUGUUAGCAGUAGACACAGAUGCCACUGUGCUAUAUUCUGUCACCAACUUGGUUUGUUUUUAUAAGCAAGUCAUUGGACAGGUGGUUCCUGGAAGUCAGCUGCUGACUACGCUUGAAGAACUGCAGGAGUUAAGCCAGCACACAUUCUUGUUGGCACUCCAAAGCCAAGUGAGGCAGCAGUUGAGUGAGUGUGUAGAGACACCACCAUCUGACUUAUCGCCUUCACCAGGUGUUUCCCAGUUGUUGAACCUCCUGCGGGAUGUUCUGUCUGUUGGCUGUAUAGCUGAAGGAAGACAGCAGGAUCUUCCACAGAUUGUGUCAAUUAUUGUGGAACCACUCCUUCAAGCGAUAAAUGAGAGCGCUACUAGACUGCCUACCUCUGACAUGGCCGUGUACCUCCUAAACUGCUUGUACCAAAUGCAGUCCACACUCUCCUUGUAUGAGUUUGUGGACGAACUGUUGGAAAGACUUCAGGCUCAGUCUGAUGCUCAGUUGGAUACACUGACUUCAGAGCAGGCAAGUUCAUUGGUGGCCAAUUUGAACCUUGGCUCAAUCUACACAAUACUGCAAGAGCAAGGCAAGGGAGCUCUGUCUUCCGUCCCAGGCAUGGAGCCAACAGGCCUCAAGAACUUUCUGAGCAAGUUGGACGCCUUCCUGGUGAUGCAAGAUGUGUUGCUGCUGCCUCAGAUUUGCCUGUUGCUUAGCGGCACGCAUCGUUCCAUUGUACAGCAUCGGGCAUUUGAAGUGAUUGCUGCCAUAUACAGACAGUUGUAUGAAGCGGUACAUGAUCCUGAGAACUUAUACCAGAAUCCGGGGGUUCUAAUGCCACGAUCUCCAGACCAAGUUCUCAAACUUCUUAUUGGGUAACACCAUCUCUAUAUUGCAGUAAAAUAAGUCGUUCUAGGCACCAAAUCUGCAAUAUCAUAUUUUGUGAAACAAAGCAACAUUCUAGUUUCUGGUCUGAGGCUGAUAAUUUGCCCUCCUUGGAAGCCUGUCAAUUAAGAAAACUUCCAAAAUUUGAAGUGUAGUUUCAUAAGUUUAAACAUCAGAAGGAAAAAGUUGGUACUAGAAGUAUUUGUCAAAAUUGUUAUUGUUAAUAAGAAAUGUAUUUGAUACAAAAACAAUAAAAAGAUAUAUAUAUAUACACACA